CUGAAGUCGGAUUCCCCACGCGACGGACGAGGAUUAACCCAUAACCUUGGAUUUCUGAUACCUGCGGCUGUCUUUGUUCAUUGCCAGGACAAACAAAACCCCCAGUGACCCCGCGCAAUCACCUAUUCAUCCACCGCGCUGGAGCGACAAAACUAGGACUACAGAUCAACAAACAACCCCCAGAGCUGUCCUGCCUGUCUCAUCACUUCGCGCAUGAUGCUUAAGGUAGGAUAUAAUCGCAUACGUUAUGUCUGAAUUCGAAGAUAGCCUCGGCGGCCUAGAGGGCCUUCACCGCGACCUCACUGCUCUCGUCUAUUCAAAACUUCCCGUCCUCGAACGCCUCACCGACCGCCUAGAAGCAUAUCUGGAUGAGUUCCAAACGUUGUUAGACAAAAAGCCACGAAACGACGCAAGCCGCAAGGAACUUGCUGCUGACAAGGUCAAGCUCGGCGAGGUGGAGUACAACCUGAACGAUGACUUCAAACAAAAUUCCCUAGACAUAGCUGAAGGGUUGGAUCUGGAUGAGAUCGAGGCAGCCAAACUCUUUCUUGAUGCCGAAAAACAAGCCAGGGACUUUGGCGACUCUCAAAUCAAGACCGCGUUCCUUCGAUUCCACAAACGUCGCGAGUACGUCGUUCUAUGCAUACGAAUAUUGAUGAAGGCUGUCAUGGAUAAUAAUGGAACUGAAUUGGAAGACCAUGAAAUCCUCUCCAAGGCCGUCCGCAUCAUCAUAGGACUCGGCAAUGGCACAGGCAAUGUCAAUUUUGGUCCUGCACAUGCAUUUUGGGACAAAUGCUUGAAGACAAUGCAGACAAUUGAAGCCCAGAUACAGCAAAAUCUCGAUCGGCUACAAAAAGCUCACAUUGUGGGAACGGUCGCCUCGUCCGAGCUUAUCGAAAUCAUCAAUCUACAGCAAGAUAGCUUAACCCGACAACACGAGCACCUUGCGGCUAUUUGCACCCACAUGGUCAAGCCCGGAUUCGCAAGCUUAGAGAAUUUCAAGACGUUGUUAUCCAGGCUGAAGACUCUAGACCGGCACGACAUCAUAACUAUUCACUACACACCCAUCGUCGUACGUUUGAUCUCAUGGAUCGCCGCCGAAGAAAAUGUCUCCACGCGAGAUGCGAGGGCACUUCAUCAGACACUUAUGGCGGGACGAGAGAGCGACAACUGGCUUCUGAGAAGUUUUCAUGCUGCUACCAUCACCUGGUGGCUCGCCGAGUACAGUGGUCGUUAUAUAGAUCCCAGCCAACAAGAUCCCGAUCUUCAGGGCAUCGAUCUCGAUAAAGAAGCCAAUGAGCGGUCCGAAGCAUUUCUCAAAGCCCUCGAUGACGGUGCAUUUCAUUUCAUUCUUUCCGUUAGCCAAGACAUGCGACCAGCAAAAGGCUACAAUCCAACCAAGACUAGCAUGAUUUCGUUGCUGCUGCAAGACACAGCUGUACUUCCCCCGGACUCUCCUCAACCUGAGCCUCUUUUUCCAAUCUUGGUUAUGGAGCAACAUCAAGUCUUCGUCGAUUCCUUUAUCACAAACAUGCCAGAUACACUGCGGAAGCUGAAGGUAGAAGAGGAUGACCAGAGGAAGCGCCUCCAGGUGAGCUUCCAAAGAACAACGGGUGACCAGCCAUUUCAUCUGGAGAGGUUCCUGGUCAUCGUAUCCUUCGCCUUCGACGGAUUCCCAGAGGCCGCAGAAGAGUUCUGGGCCGACAAAGAGAGCAACCUCUACGGAUUUCUGCAGUGGGCCGCGAAACGACAACCAACACCUCGCAUUGCUAUGUUUUGUGAGAUGUUGCGAGCAAUCUCUUGUGGAGAAGCCAAUUCAGAGUCAGCGCACCAAUUUCUACUGGAGGAAGGUACUUCUGCAUCCGGCAAAAUUCGACGGACGAGCUCCCUCAGCUACUCCCACAUUUUCCUUGAGCUGGUUGAGUUCCAAACCAAUUUACACGAACCAAAGAAGAACGUACAAGGAGCACUCUACCCGUCUGCGCCAAAUCCCGUCGAUCAGAUCGUAGAGCCUGAGAGCGCUAGCAUGUUGGAGAGUUACCUCCGCCUACUCUCCCAUCUUUGUCAACAAAAUGAGUCUGCUCGCAGCUACAUACUGAAUUACGGCGACUACAAUUUUGCGGCCAUCUGCUUUGGUCUUUGUGCCGAUAAUGGGGUGGCUGCCCUUCGAGCGUCUGCUUUCGACGCACUAGCUGCUCUGUUGAUCGGCAAGACUGUCGAACGCGGAGAUGCCAUGUGGUAUAAUCUAGAGGAAUGGGUCGCAAAUGGGUUCUAUGCUGCUGCAAAACAGUCUGGCGCUAUCAAUCCUGUUCCUCGGGAUGAAGUUUGGGCAACACUUGCUGAUGGAUACGACGAGUCGCUCGCUUUUAUCCGCUUGUUAGACCAUCUUGUUCAGCCGUGCGACGGCAACCCCGGGCUCAAUGAUACACUUCCGUUCCCAGAGAAUCUCGGUUCCUCGCGACGAAUGCCUGGUAUCGAAAAGUUCAUCGAUUUCGUCAUGUACGAUGUUUUCGCUGAACAUACUUUGGAAAUUCAGGACCCUGUGCAACAAAAUGUACUCAGAUGGCACUGCUUUCGCUUCAUGUUGACCUGUCUGACAACAUUCAACGAAAACCUGGUCAUCUUUGCGAACAAAUCAAGCAUACCCGUCGACUCGGUGAUAGGAACUUCAUCCCUCCAGUCAUAUGUCACCCUCCAUCCUUUCUCUCGUGUGAUGGAGUGGCUUUUCAACGACAAAGUCAUCAAGGCUCUAUUUGCUUCGUGCCGCUAUGACGUGAAAGUAGUCAAUGCUGCCGCGACGGAUUCGCCUUUAAUCGAAUCGUUGCUGCUCGGCAUUCAGGUCAUGGACUCGGUGAUGAAGUUACAGGCUACAUACUUAGACAUCGUUCGGCCAGUUCUCAAGCAACAAUCGUCUUUUCAGCGAUCACCAGUUUCUAACCUUUCGCUUACCUCGUUUGAGGAUGCCGUACUCAACAAUCUACAGGUCAUUGUGGAUCUCGGCCUAUAUUGCGGCACUGGACACGAAGAGCUUACCAUCAAAUCCCUUCUUCUGCUCAGGAAAUUUGCCUCUUCGCGGAAACUCGCCGUGUCUCCAGCAGGAUUCGGCCAGCGCUCAGGCCGCAGCAAGAUUGUUGGGAUUCUAGAGAGGGACAAUGAAGCUGAACAAAUCGGUCGUUUACUUGUAGACACGAUGCAGAUUCGCGAGGAAGAGUUCGAAUAUGGACCUGUUGCUCCGAGCUAUCGCAUCAAAAUCCACGUACUUGAUUUUCUCAACAGCUGUCUUGCCGCAGUGUCGACACGCCCAACACUUGCACAUAUCCUCCUCGGCUUCUCAUGCGAGAGUACGACAGUGCGAAUCGCAGAGGACGGCCUCUGGUCGAACGGGCAGUCGUUGUUCCAUGCUAUCCUCAUCAUAGCCGCCAAUUAUCCUGAGCAAGAUGGUAUCACUUUCGUUCCUUGGCAAUCGGAAAUCAAGGCGAGGGCUUGGGAAAUUCUCCAGAGGUUGUGGAGGUCCCGACUUACCAGUGCAAUUGUCAUGGAGGAGCUUAGAACCAACGAGCUUCUCUUCAUGCAUGCACCUAGUCUGCUGGCCGUGGAUGCAGGCACUCUCUGGGACGGGGUAUCUCUUGCACAGGCCGCAGAAGAACAAGCCGAUGUGGCUUUAUCAGACUUCUUCUCGGGGCCACCGGCUGCUGCUCUACAGCAUUUCCUCCAGCAACGCGCUGCGUUCCUUGACUAUGAGUCAAGAGAGUUGCGUUUGACAGUGAAGGAAAGUAUGCUUGGUCUCAAGUCCAGGAUACAGUCAGUACUUCUAGGGAUUACAAUUCGCCCUGGAGAGGAUCAGAUACCGAACCUGGACAUCUUUGAUUUAUUCGGCUUCACAGAUUUUAAUUUCCCGGAGCGACAUAUCCCUGAAAGUAAAUUAUUAGAGGGUAUAAGUCUCUCCAUCCUCCAAGAAGACGACGACGGCGUGGUUACAUACUCACUUCCUCUUGCUGAGCAAUUAUUCCUGCUUAGAAUCAAGGCUUGGAAAAAGGACGGGACCAUAAGGAGUGCAGAUGAGGAAACAGAAGCAAUUGUUGCUUCAGAUCAAAUGCUACUGAUCUUCGCCGAUUACAAUCGCCGUACUCAGCUUGCCCGUUACCAGAAAGAUAUCCUUCGAUCAUGGGUCCAGGUUCUGACAAUAGCCAUUCAGAGCGGAGAGUUUGAUGAAAAUGUUCGAACCUCUCUGAUUUUGCAAACAAUCCAGGUCAUUCUGCCCAAGCUGGAAAUGGCAUACAAUUAUGAUGCAUUCACGGCCUUGCAACUUGCUGGACUCGCCGAGACCUUGAUUCAAAAAGUAGAUUUUGAAUCUACAGCAUUUGAAAAGACUAGAACAGGGGAUUUCGCUAACGACCGCCUGUCGCAACUAUUUAGAGCGGCUUUGGUCGGCAUCUACUGUCCCGUUUCCAGCACUGAGCUUCGGGAAUUAUGCUAUCAGGUAGUUUUCCGGUACAUCCAAGGUACACUCGACAAAGCUGGCAAGGACUCUCCACUUUCACGUCAUAUUCUGAUCGUGGUAAAGAGCCUGGGUGGCCAUAUGCUAGAAAUUGUGUGCGACGAUGCAUAUGGGGGACAAGGAACAUGCAAAGUAUCCGCUCUUCUUGUCCUCAGUGCUUUAGUCGCGGUCGCUAUCCGCCAGGAGUCGAAAUAUGUUUUGGAGUCAUUCGUCUCUUUGAACUUCAUCGGCGUCCUUGUGGACAAUAUCAAACACAUUCCCGAUGAACUGAAGGCUGCACCUGCAUCUCAGACACCACUCCUGCUAUCUUAUUACGACGCUAGCUUGGCCCUUCUUCUUCGCAUUUGCCAGACACGCCUCGGAGCUGCGUACGUUCUCAAUGCGGGAUUCUUCCCUGCUAUCCGCGAAUCGAGAAUCUUCGACGUGGAUCCAGACAUCGGUCUAGAGUUUGAUAACCCCAAUGCACUACAUAGGUACUUUGAUCUUAUGCUCUCGAUUCUGCGCGUUAUCAACGCUGCCGUCAUUGCACGAGGUCGACAGAACGAGCAAACGAUUUUCCAAGCCCGUGAAUUCUUGAAAGAGAACCGGCAAAGCAUGGUAUCAAUAUUCAAGAGGAGUGUAAAUAUAGGUGCCAUCAAAGACGGCGUCAAUGAAGACUUGAGUGAUCUAGUCGAUUGCUGGACGGUUCUUGUGGAAAUAACAGGUUUCCUACAGUACGAGGAUACUUCGAGCUUGAAGAAGACCCGUCCAAAUGUCUUCUCGUAAACUAUAGCAUACUGGAUUGGAUUGAUAAUGCAAAAUGGGUUACGGAGCAUAUUGAAUCGCGACUAUGUCGCAUGUAGGAUUUCAGAAUAGUUGCUCCAAAGAGCAUCAGCAUAUACCAAUAAUAUUUUGACC